CACUGCAGGGGGAGGAGCCGCUAUUUCACAGGGACGGCGAGUGUCAGAGCGCUAUCAAGUCGGGAAAGAGAUACACCGCACUGAGGGGGCUUCUCUACACUGUGAUAGGUACAUUAUGUCUGACAGAAAGGCUGUGAUCAAGAAUGCUGACAUGUCCGAGGACAUGCAGCAGGAUGCUGUGGACUGUGCCACACAAGCGAUGGAGAAGUACAACAUUGAAAAAGACAUUGCUGCCUAUAUCAAGAAGGAAUUUGACAAGAAAUACAACCCAACUUGGCACUGCAUUGUUGGCAGAAACUUUGGCAGCUAUGUAACACAUGAGACAAAACACUUCAUCUAUUUCUAUUUGGGCCAAGUUGCAAUUCUCCUUUUCAAAUCUGGCUAGAUAAAGGCACAAUGGGAAUUAUGGACUGUAAUGCACUGAUGGCUGGAGCCAGGAUCCCCUCUAACAUGGCUAAGCAGCUGCAUGGACUGUAUACUAUAUUUAAUGUGUAUAUGUUGCAGUAAAAUGACUUUUUGUUUAGUUGCCUGGAGACAAGGCGGCUUUAUUUUGUUACUGCUUUUUUUUCUUUUCUUUUUCUUUUCUUUUUUUUUUCUUUUUUUCCCCUUCUUCUUGUAACGCACUUGGGGAAACUGUAAAUGCUUUUCAAUGGCCUUUAAAUGGGAAGAGAAUAAACUGUACUACUUCAAACA